AUGCCAUCUUGGAGUCAUCUUAUCCGCUUCCAAGCCGACGACGGCGAGAAGUACUUUUCUUACUUUGAAUCGAAGCCGGAUGAGACUCUACUUACAGGGAAGUCUGUUACAGGCUUCUCUGUCUUCGCGGACCUCUUGAAAGGGGAGUCGGGGCGUUCUGUCACCAUACGAGAGAUUCUGGCCCCUGUUCCCUACAACGGAGACAUAAUCUGCAUUGGUCUCAACUAUAGCAAGCAUGCCGAAGAGGCGAAGCUGAGCGUCCCCCUUGAUCCCGUAAUGUGGUACAAGCCCAGUCGAGCGCUCCGCGGUCCUGGAAAUUUAAAGGUUCCUAAGACUGUGGCAAACAACUUCCCCGAUUUCGAGGGCGAACUUUGCAUCGUUACAUCAAAGGACGCAUUGAAUGUCAGUGUUGAGGAUGCUUCGAAAUACAUUCUCGGCUUCACGGCUGGUAACGACCUGACUGCCCGCUCUUACCAAGACCCCAAGCGCGGAGGGAAUCAGUUCACGCGGUGCAAGGCUUUCGAUGGAUUUGCUCCAGUUGGACCGCUCCUUGUGAAUGCUCAAGAGUUUGGCGACUGGUCGACCAGGAGAAUUGUCACAAAGGUCAACGGCAAGGUUUUCCAGGAUAGCGAGUGCGACUUGAUUCACGGUCCAGCCAAGUUGGCACAACCUUGCCUGCUGGCUCGGUGA